AUGAGAGAUGCUGUUGGCCCGUACUGCUGUGCGCAGUUCGUGGUUCAGGACAAGAAGGUCCGCGAGCGGCCACUGGAAUUCUAUCAGAGGAUGCUGAGGUUAGUUGAUGGCACCAUGCAGCAGGACCUUUGCUUUCCAGGCAAAGUCACACGCUCCACGCACUGCUAUGGCAUGGAGUUCACGUGGCACCUGGUCUUUGGCGAGGACUACGAUCCGCCAUUACGCCAGGAUGACCAGCGUCUUCCAUUGCCGCUGCGCCUCAAAUUUGGGAAUGAGUUCAUCCGGAGGGACUGGAAUGAUGUGGUCCUGAACCCCAGCACCCCCAAGAAGAUCGUGGAAGAGAUCAAUUAUGACCAGAUGACCGUUAGAUGA